UUUUCCAUAAUUAAUCCUAAAUUAAAGAAAGUCCCUCUCUCGCCUGAAACAAAAGCCAUAAAAAAAAAUUUUGGAACCCUAAAAUCGAUUUUUUUUUUUUUAAAUCUUCAUUGAACCGCCCUAUAUUGCCAUGAAAAGAACGAAGGGGUUUGCCUUAUCGGGCUCGGUCGCCGAUACCAACGAUUCUGCUUUACGGAAUAAAAGAAUAAUGGCGGGAUCUCCUUUUGAUGCUCAAAGGGCAGAACCAUCUCAACAGCAGCCAACUGCAACACCACCAUUAGACCUACAGCGAGCUGAGUUGUCUCGCCAGCAUGUGAAAACUCUCAACACCCAAUUUGCAAGUUGGGUGCAAUCACAAUUGAAGAAUCACCCUGAUGAGCUUUGGCAAGAUGGUGUUCAAGACUACCUAACUCAUGCUUCAAACAUCAUGGAUAAGUUCAGUGAUGUUGUCAACUGGCUCAAAGCAAAUGUGGUAAAUGGUGACAGCUUGUCUGCUUCUGGAUCUCAUAAAAAUGAAAGUAAACUGGUGCCCGAAACCAAGAAUACUGAGACUAAAUUUUUUCAAGGAAAAACUGGAUUUACUCCAAUCAGCACCACUACAGGCUUAAGUCCAGGCACUACAAAUCUGAGCUUUUAUCUGGACUCUACAGCUAGGACCUUUUCUCUGGGCACUACAAGUACAAUUCCUAAUCCUACUGAUACAACUACAAAAAUUUCUCCAGUGGAUACAACUACGAGCUUGACUCCAGCUAGUAUCACUACAAGCUCAAUGGCGGCUGGUUCAAACUCAAGCUUUACGUUUGGGGGUACAACCACAAAUUUUACUUUGGCCAGUACAACAACAAGCUUUUCUUCAUCUGGCAUGAUUACAAGCUUUGCAUCUCCUUGGUGCUCUGGAGUAUUCUCCAACAGUCAGACUCCUGUCUUGUUCGGAACUCAAAGCUCAGUUGCUGUGAACAACAAUGCAUCAGGUGAUGCAGAUGAUGAAAGUGAAUUGGCACAGCCUAGCAGCCCAUCAGUUAAGAAGUCAGAAGAGAAUGGUAUUGUUGUUGUUCAUGAAGUCAAAUGCAAGCUCUAUGUCAAGUCAACCGAUCCAGCAGAUAAAGAUUCGUGGAGAGAUAAAGGCACAGGGCAGCUUUCCAUUAAAUGCAAAGAGGGUAUCAGCAAGGGUUCAAAAGAUUCCAAACCAACAAUUGUUGUUCGAAAUGAUGUUGGAAAGGUGUUACUUAACGCUUUGCUAUAUCCAGGGAUCAAGACAAGUGCACAAAAGAAUUCCCUCGUUGCAAUAUUUCAUACUUCGGUUAUUCUUAUUUUCUAUUUACAAAGAUUGCUUAGCAUAGCUUCCGGGCAAAGCAGCAGCUGGAAUUCUUAUUCUAUCUUCUAUUAGAGCACUCACUAGUUUAGGUUACAACAGUGGUCUUUGGUUUUUCAACAAUUCAAAGAUGUUAUUACCAAAUUUAUUCUCUAUUCUUGUCGAUUAUGAUACAUGAAGACAUUCAUUUGAAAAUACAAGUAUAUAUCAAACCCAACAGUUACAUAUACUUUUUGUUUAGGGUUCCUGAGGAAAGGUGUCGUAUAGGAAAUUAACAUUUUUUUCUACCAUUAACUGUUGAAAGUAACAUUAGGACCCAUUGCCUGGUGAAAUGCUUACUCUUGAGCGGACAAAUGUUGAUACAAGUUCAAUCUUGAGAGAACCACUUUUUUGAAAAAUGCUAGAGACCAAUAUCAUUUCCAUUUUACCCUCUAGGACCCCACUUUGCUGGGAUCAUAUCUGGGAAUGAUCCUUUAAGCUGCGCAGAAGGAUGACAUUAGUAACAAAUGUGUAUAAAGAGCUAAGCUGGCUGCAACCGUGCAGUCAAGCCUUAAUGGCUUGUAAUUUGGAUGUGGAAUUGGUGAUCAGUAUAUUGGUAGUUGGAAUCUUUGAUAAAAGUAUUGAUAGAAGUAUUAACUUCAAAAUUUUUUCUUGCAGAAUUUGACUGUGUUGUAUUUUGUUACAAGUCAAUUGAGUAUUAUAGAUUUAGAGUGACUUCUCU